GGUGGUGGGCGAGGCGAUGAAUUAUCAAUUAUCAAACAUGAUAGGCAUUACCGAUAGCGUUGAGAUCGGGUCUCGCGAACUUUAUUUUCUAGACAAAACAACCUCGACCUACAAACCUACAAACCUUCAACCCUUCAAACCAUCACUCCUCAACCUCUCAAUCUCUCAACCUGACCACAAUCUCUCGACGGCGCACUUUUCCUCGACGAUAACCCACAUCUUCUUUCAAAGCACCAUCGCCAUGGCCGAUACCGAAAUGGAUGUCGAUGCGCCUUCAUCUCCGCAAGAGCAGCGCAAUGACACCAAGAAUGCCUCCAUGACAACCCAUUCAAAUGCGACCGCUGUACGAUCUAUCGAAGGCUGGAUCAUUAUCGUCACCAAUGUACACGAAGAAGCUAGUGAGGAGGACUUGAAUGACAAAUUCGCAGACUUUGGAGAGAUCAAGAAUCUCCAUUUGAACCUUGAUAGAAGAACUGGAUACGUCAAGGGUUACGCAUUGAUCGAAUACCCAACCUUGGACGAGGCAAGGGCCGCUAUUGAUGGUGCGCAUAAUACCAAGUUGCUGGAACAGACUGUCGAGGUGGACUUUGCAUUUGUUAGACCGCCACCAGGGGGAAAGGGUAGAGGAGGUCGGGCACCUGCCAAAGGCAGAGCCAGAAGCCGAUCACGUAGUCCCAAUGGCAGAGAAGGGGGCGAUUGAAUGAGUGCAGGUGACGAUAAUGUGCCACAUGAAUCACACAUGAAUGAUUUCUAAUCAUCCAAGCACAUACAUUAUCAAGGAGCGGUGGAAGAAAUCUGGGGAAAAUUGCAAGGAAUAUGAGGAAAAUUAGAAAAAGCUACCUAGGCACUCUGUACUCCUCCAUUAAAAGCCGAUAUGUCUUCAUGGGAAAGACAUAUCGGCGUAUAAUCAAAUCAUCAGGAUUGAUUGAGAUACCAGAAAGAAUUACCAUUGAAUUUCUCUUUAAUUGAUUUCACUCUAACGAGUCUGAGCCCCCCCCGCGAGAAUUUGAUCGUUACA